GGGGGAGCGCGGGGGAGGACAAUCGAGUGCCUACUAGCGCUGUACCGGCAGAGUCCUCAAGGUAGAAUGUCGACUGGUCGAGUUGUGCCUUAGGCAGACGUCGGCGGGCAGUUUCUCCGAGAGAAGCUGCUCCCAUUCUGGUCGCGCCAAAGGGUACCUGCGAGGCAUCGGACAAAGGCGUGAAAAUGGGUGCGUUCACCAUACGCGAAUCGACUCAAACACACGUAUGCAGCUCAUACGGGCGCUCUUUUUGCAGGCGCUCAUGUACGGAGCGACACAUAUGCACCCACACGGAGUACCCUGCAGGCCAGGAGGGGUGUGACCUCGGAUGGCGCGCCGUAGUCCCCAGGGGGGGGGGAGGACACGCUCCGGGGUGCAGUUGUGAGAAUGGCACACUGGUAGAAGCAUCCCUCGUUUCCCCCGGGGCAGGGAGUGGUGACGGGGCCAGUAAUGGCCGGCCAGUGCCCUGGGCGUCCCAGAAGCAAGGAGCCCGCAAGCACAGGCGGACCAGGCUUCUGUUGGCAGGCCCCGCGGCUGGGCAACAGCUCUCUCACUCCUCUAUCGAGGGCGACCCCCGAUUCAGGCGGCAGGGAGUCGACGAGCAGGAAGGAUAUAAAUCCCCUUUUGAGCGAAUCAUCUGUCCAUCAGGGACCCGUGUGUGUCUGUUGGGGCCUGCACAGCUUCGAGGGACGGCCCAGGAUAUGGUCGCACCCGCCUGGGGAUUGAGAUCGGGAAUCCUUGCGGUGCAGUUGGCCGGGUGUAGGAGAAAAGAGCUCGGCCUCCGACCAGACAGGUGAGCCACAACCGGUGGUGG